AAAGAAACACAGCCACGCUGCAGAGCGGAGGAGCCCUACGGAGCAGCGCGGCGUACCGCGCAGGCAGCCAAUCAUCACUCAGUCGUGCUCUAUAUAAACCCGCGGCCGCCGGGCUGGCGCCACGUCGUCUUGAUAGUCUUCGCGGGCUUUUUGUGUUUUUUGGCUAAGCAGGAAAAUGUCGGAGACCGCGCCAGUUGCUCCUGCUGCUUCCGCACCUGCAGAGAAGACACCUGUUAAGAAGAAGGCGAAAAAGGCGGGCGUUGCUGCUGGAAAGCGCAAGGCGUCCGGGCCCCCGGUGUCCGAGCUCAUCACCAAGGCGGUGGCCGCGUCCAAGGAGCGCAGCGGCGUGUCCCUGGCCGCGCUCAAGAAGGCGCUGGCGGCCGCCGGCUACGACGUGGAGAAGAACAACAGCCGCAUCAAGCUGGGCCUCAAGAGCCUGGUGAGCAAGGGGACCCUGGUGCAGACCAAGGGCACCGGCGCCUCGGGCUCCUUCAAGCUCAACAAGAAGGCGGCAUCCGGGGAGGCCAAGCCCAAGGCCAAGAAGGCGGGCGCGGCCAGAGCCAAGAAGCCCUCCGGGGCCACUCCUAAGAAACCCAAGAAAACGGCGGGGACCGGCACCCCCAAGAAGAGCGCUAAGAAGACCCCGAAGAAGGCCAAGAAGCCCGCCGCGGCCGCCGUCACCAAGAAGGUGGCCAAGAGCCCCAAGAAGGCGAAGGCGGCCAAGCCCAAGAAGGCGGCCAAAUCCAAAGCCCCGAAGCCCAAGGCGGCUAAGCCCAAAGCGGCCAAACCCAAGGCGACAACAAAGGUAAAGAAAGCUGCGCCUAAGAAGAAGUAAAAGUUGCAGCUCCUGGAUGUCUUGCAAAUAUCAAAGGCUCUUUUCAGAGCCAC